AUGAUAACUGUUAUCAAACCAGAAAAAUUCGGUUGCAAGUUCAGCGUAUCAACAUUGGAGACCACUUCGGAGACAACAUUUUAUCUGUGCGAACUUAUCGACAUUAAUUAUGAUGGCCAAAGUGGUUUUAAUUUAUCAGCACAUGAACAAGACGAUAAUGUGAAUCAUUUGAAAGUGUCAAAAUCAAAGAUCAUUGAACUGCCGAAUUUAAUAUUUCGUAAAUACAAAAGAAUGAAAAUAUUUCAAGGUUCAAAUGUGCAAUUGAAAACUUUAACUGCCUUGUCGUUUAAUGGUGCUGCAAAGCUGGAGAAAGUUGCUUUAGAAAAUAAUAAAUUAGAAAGCAUUCCCAAUUAUGUCUUCAUACACUUAAAGCUUUUGAAAGUGCUUGAUCUAUCGAAUAACAAGAUCAAAACUAUUUCUGAUAACGCAUUCAAAUCUUUACAUAAUUUAAAAACAUUAAGCUUAGCUAAUAAUAAUUUAAUGACGAUCAAUGGAACAGCAUUUGAACAUUUAAUCUCACUCAAGUGGCUUCAUCUUAACAGCAACAAAAUAAGUUCAUUAAAUUCCGAAAGCUUUUCAAAUAAAAAUAAAAAACUUUUCGGAGUUUUUCUCGAAAAUAAUGAAAUUAAGAAAAUUUCCCGUUUUUCUUUUGAUUUCUUGAAGAGUUUGAGAUAUUUGACACUUUCUGGCAAUGAUUGUAUUAACAGAGAUUUCAAGGAAAAUGUAAUCGCAGAAAAUGUUUCAAUCAAAUAUGAAUUAAACGAAUGUUUUAAAGCUUACAAAAAUGACACUCCACCUGAAUGUUCGUCAGACUGUCGCGAAAAUGAAUUAAAUCGUUUGAUUAAUAUCGUUGAACGAGCUGAAAAUUGCACUAAUCAAGUGGCAAACUAUACAAGUAGUUUACUUUUUUUCAAUAAUUUAAUUGAGAACGAAAAGAAAACUUAA